CCAGGCCUCAUCUGCCAGAAACGGUUAAAUUAGGCAAGCCAGAGAGGAAUCAAUCCCGAGACCUCGGAAGACUCCGUCUUAUUUAUGACCAGUAGUUUCUAAAGACUAAAUAGACUGCCUCCACUUCUCCCCAACCAACAACAACAACUAACAUGGCCAAAUACUCUCACUAUUAAUAACAAGUAUUCAGUCCUCCACACGUACUUAGUCUACAUUGAGAUAGAGCACAAGGCUCCCAGGCUAAAUGGAAGAAGACACAUCAUGUCCCGCGAAUGCAACAUCUCCGCGCUCCCUGCAGAAUGACACUAACCACCCGACAGCAACAUCACCGGCCUCGCCCUUAUCGGAUAUAUCUGGCCCGGGUUUGACGGCUACCGUGCACGCUCUUAUCCGCCUCAUUCAAUGCUCUUGUUGCUCGCGGCCUCUACGCGCGCCACUGCGACUUCCGUGUGGGAACACGUUAUGUCGGUCUUGUCUGCCGCCAAUUCAUGAGCGGACGGGGAUUACAUAUCCGGCGAGCGACGAACGGAAAAAGGGAUUCACAUGCCAUUGGGGUACGGGUGAUGGUUGUGCUGGGCAACACUGCUUAGGUGACUGUGGGGCCGACGUGCUGUUGGGUAGGCUGGUGGAUGUUUUUGAUGCGGUACUUUGCGAUUCCAGUUCUAGCCCGGAAACGUUUUCGGAGAAUGAACGUGGCUUCAAAAUGACAUGGACAGGACUGAAGGAUGAUCAGCCCGGAACGGUGGUGAAAAGUGCAGAGGCUGCGGGAGGAUUUCUAGAGGGUAUGUACGGCCUAGUCAAGUGCGGUCGUUUCGAUUAUGAUGUGUCAGAUCUCAAGUUUGAGAUACACGAGCCUAUACACCAGGAUAAUCAACGUUUCGAAAGACUUAAGGACGCUGUUCGGAAUGAGCUGGACUGCCAGGUCUGCUAUUCGCUUAUAUUGGAUCCAUUGACAACAUCCUGUGGCCAUACCUUCUGUCGCGGAUGUGUUGUAAUGGCACUGGAACAUUCCGAUCUAUGCCCUGCCUGUCGCCGUAAACUGAAUAUGGCGUCGACGGUGAAGUCUGAACCUACUAACAAAAGAAUCUCUGACAUCAUGGAGACCUUGUUCCCUGAAGAGGUCGCUUUACGAAGAGACACAAGUGCCCAGGAAGCGACUGCGCCCGAUGACGAAGCAAUCCUUCCUUUGUUUAUCAGCUCACUUUCCCUCCCGACGAUGCCAACUUUUCUGCAUGUCUUCGAGGCACGUUAUCGGCUCAUGAUCCAAAGAGUCAUGCAAACCAGGGAGCGCAGAUUCGGGAUGGUUAUGUAUAACCGUGCCGGUCGUUUCCAGCAAGGACUUGGAAGGUCGCAAUUCAUGCAGUAUGGUACAGCCUUGGUUGUGGAUCGUUAUGAGCUGCUCCCUGACGGGAGAAGCCUAGUAGUUGCUACCGGGCUGUACCGUUUCAAGGUGCUCAGUUCAUAUGUGCUGGACAUGUACUAUGUCGGCAGGAUACAGCGCCUGGAUGAUAUUUCAGUAAUAGAAGAGGAAAAUCGCGAGGCCCUGGAGACAUCAGUCGCGGAUGCUUCGUCACUUUCGGCCGCGGAUGCUUCAGGUGAGCAGCCACUAGAGUCUAUGUCAACACAGCAGCUGUUCCAGUUGGGCUUGGACUUCGUAAGGAAGCAACACAGCCAAGCCGCUCCUUGGCUCCAUCCUCGGGUGCUUUUAGCGUACGGUGAUAUUCCAACGGAACCUUCACAUUUUCCCUGGUGGUUUGCCAGCGUAUUACCUGUCUGGGAAGAAGAAAAGUAUAAGCUUUUAUCGACGACCAGUGUCAGGGAAAGACUGAAGAUUACUGCACGUUGGGUAAGAAAGCUGGAUUCUCGUGAAUGGACGGCUCGAUCCCGGCCCUCCAUUACCUCUGUCUUAUGACUAGCCGUCCCUCUCCUCGUCUUUGCUCUAGUCCCGGUCAUAAUGGGUCCGGUCGCAUCAUUCUUACCGUUCUCAUCUCCAAGGGUUUUGACAUAUUUCACACCGUUCUCCAUGUCAUUCUCUGUUACCUUUGGCUCUGCCGGCUUGUCAAUUGAUAAUUCGCGACAGCUGGCAGAGAAUCAGGAUUCCGAAACGUAUAUUCCGCAGACCCUUGUAAUAGGAAUCUUUCUUGCUAUGUUCGUAGCACAGGUGGCUGCCAACGGAGUCCAAGUCCUGCGGUCGAGGCGACAAGGAAUAAUAGAAGACCGACGGGAUUUUCAAGUCGAGCAAGAACCCCCAAGGAUGCCACCAGAGCCACCAGGCGAGGGCGAGGACGAGGGCGAGGACGAGGACGAGGGACGAACUCCAGAAGCUACCAGAGA